AUGAUGACAGAUUUAACAAACCUAAACAAUGACGAUACAAAUAUAACCGUGGAAUUAGAUACUUUAUUAGACGAUGUUCAACUAUGCAUAGACAAAUGCCGACAAUAUCAUAAAAUACCCGGGAUUGGUAAACUCGAAAGAAAAUUUCGCGCAGAAGAUAGAUUUCUCAAACGCCUUCGUUCUGGCGCAUGUAACGUAAAUGCAAAUCAUUUGAAAAGUUCGAAUCUUACACAUUUACGCGCGGUGCUCGAACAAAUUGAGGACAUCGGCAUAGACAAUGUAAACGGAGUUCUAGUUCCAUAUAAAGAUGAUCGUCAUCAAUUGUUAAUUUGUGACAUUGUAUACAACGAUAAUCGAACAUGGAUGAAAAUCGUUGCGAGAAACGCACAAGCUUUACAUUUAAUUUGGAAAGGCAAUGGUCAUUAUGGACAGCGGACGAUUUUGAUUUCUAUGAGACAAUAUAUCGAGACAGCACGUUGCAAUGAAAUUCGUUAUCAGAUUCCGGAAAUAGUCUUCUAUUUUGUUCAAGGUGUUACUGAACCUCUGGCAAAUUUAUUAAGAAAAAAUGGCGUGACUGUGAAAGGUUCAAUCGUGGAGGUCACUGAAGAUGUGGAGAAGCGUUUGCAAAUCAUGGAUGACUUUAGUUCGAGUAGUAGUGACGACGAAAACGAAAGCGAAGGAGAUGAUGACAAUGAUAACGAUAAUGACAAUGAUGAUGAUUUGAAUACAAAUGCAGAAUUGAUUCCAGUUAAUGAACCAAAUAAAAUCAAUCUUGAUGUCAGUACAUUGAUAUGUCUCGUUUCGGAAUUGACACACGGCGGUCAUAUUUACCGUUAUCCAAAUAAAUGGCUUGAAGUACCAGCGGAGUUGGAACGAGCUGAACGUCUUACGCCGAAAUUAGAAAAUUACAUGAAAGGGAAAGAUUUAUAUGUUUGUCAAACGGCAUUCGAAGAGUUUAAUUCAAUUGUGAAUAUCGUCGGUGGUCCUAACGAGAAAAAGCGAGCGGAAGAACUAUUUGCUCGACUAACCGUUGUUCCCGAUUGUCUUUCUGAACGGUCAAAUCUUUUGCAAGAAAGUGUCAAAAUCAAGCCAAGAACAAAGAUCAUAUUUGGCACCGGUGACCAUUUACGAGCUGUGACAAUGACAUCUAAUCGUGGUUUUGUCCGAGCAGCUGCUCAGCAAGGAAUUCGUUUCAAUGUUUAUACCCAUGAUAGUAUACCAUUGACAUUCCGAGGUUUUCUCAAAACAAAUCCAACUUUGUCAGAUGCUGUUCGUUCGUAUAAACAACAAGAUUAA